UUUCAGGUGACAGCCAAAGCAAACAAAUCGCCUGCAGCUGCCUGCUUGGAGGGAACUGCACAGAGACAGAGUACGCGGGGACGAUUCUUGUCAAGCCAGCAAGAGACAUUGGGUUCCCAUAUAAAACAUAAUAAUACGGUGCAUGGAAGUAAUUACAACCAGAAGCACAGAACUGCUAACUACAGAACCUUACUAGAUAGCGGAAACUAGACGCCUCGCCCCAAGGGAAACCGAGAGGAAGAAGUGACAGCCCCAAAUACUGUGCUUACUUGGCUCGCUAGUUGCACGGUAACUCACGCUACACAAGUUCGUUGCAAUGUCGGAAUCUGCGGGAGACGGGAAGCUAGAAAUGAAACAGGCGAGUAAAGAAGUCAAGGAGAGUGAGAAUGUGGCGGAAAAAUACUCGGCGAUGACAGUCAGCAAGAACAGCGACGUGACCAUGGGAGAUCUGUCCUCCGCUUUCAGCGCUGUCACCACUCACAAAUCUGUCAAGAAGCAGAUCCAGUUUGUGGAGGACAAGCAGGAAUUCAGCCGGUUCCCCACCAAGGCUGGGCGGCGUUCCCUGUCCCGCUCCAUCUCCCAGUCCUCUACGGACAGCUACAGCUCAGCUGCCUCAUACACAGACAGCUCCGACGAUGAGACCUCACCCAGGGACAAGUCACAGGUCAACUCCAAGGGCACCAGUGACUUCUGCGUGAAGAACAUCAAGCAGGCCGAGUUUGGGCGCCGGGAGAUUGAGAUCGCUGAGCAAGACAUGUCCGCCUUGAUCUCGCUGAGAAAGAGAGCGCAGGGGGAGAAGCCGCUGGCCGGGGCCAAAAUCGUGGGCUGCACCCACAUCACUGCCCAGACCGCGGUCCUGAUUGAGACGCUGGUUGCCCUCGGCGCCCAGUGCCGCUGGACAGCCUGUAACAUCUACUCCACUCAGAACGAGGUGGCAGCUGCUCUGUCCGAGAUAGGCGUGUCCGUUUUUGCCUGGAAGGGGGAGUCGGAGGAUGACUUCUGGUGGUGCAUCGACCGCUGUGUCAACAUGGAGGGCUGGCAGCCGAACAUGAUCCUGGAUGAUGGCGGUGACCUGACUCACUGGGUGUAUAAGAAGUACCCCAGUGUCUUCAAGAAGAUCCGGGGCAUCGUGGAAGAGAGCGUCACUGGGGUGCACAGGUUGUAUCAGCUGUCAAAAGCUGGGAAGCUGUGUGUCCCAGCCAUGAACGUCAACGACUCCGUCACCAAGCAGAAGUUUGACAACCUCUACUGCUGCAGAGAGUCCAUCCUGGAUGGGUUGAAGAGGACCACUGAUGUGAUGUUUGGAGGAAAGCAAGUGGUGGUCUGCGGCUAUGGAGAGGUGGGGAAAGGGUGCUGUGCUGCUCUGAAGGCCCUGGGGGCCAUUGUCUACAUCACAGAGAUCGACCCCAUCUGUGCCCUGCAGGCCUGCAUGGACGGCUUCAGAGUUGUCAAGCUCAACGAGGUCAUUCGCCAGGUGGACGUCAUCAUCACCUGCACAGGGAAUAAAAACGUGGUGACCCGGGACCAGCUGGACCGGAUGAAGAAUGGCUGCAUUGUCUGCAACAUGGGGCACUCCAACACCGAAAUUGAUGUGGCCAGCCUGCGGACGCCGGAGCUCACCUGGGAAAGGGUGCGCUCACAGGUGGACCACGUUAUCUGGCCCGACGGCAAGAGAGUCGUCCUGCUGGCCGAGGGUCGUCUGUUGAACCUGAGCUGUUCCACCGUGCCCACCUUUGUCCUUUCAAUCACGGCCACGACUCAGGCCCUCGCCCUGAUCGAGCUCUACAACGCACCUGAGGGCCGUUAUAAGCAAGAUGUCUACCUGCUGCCCAAGAAGAUGGAUGAGUACGUGGCCAGCUUGCACCUGCCCACCUUUGAUGCCCACCUGACGGAGCUGUCAGACGAGCAGGCCAAGUACCUGGGCCUGAACAAGAAUGGGCCCUUCAAGCCCAACUACUACAGAUAUUAAUCUGUGGGAGUGACCCACAAUGCCAUGCCACACUCCAGACAAAGAAUUACCCUGAACUACUCUGAGGGAGUGGUGCAUUUUUUAAAAAUAAAAUACUUCCCGAUAGAAAUAAUAAUUUUAGAAAGAAAAAAAAAAGUUAAUACCCUAGAGCUGAAUAUUAUAUCUGUUUCAAUUGUGAUUUUGUAAAUUAAGUAAAUGGCCUUUGGUACAUCAGUCACGUUACUGGUGUACAUGCAGACAAGCUGGCGUGUACUGUCACAAAGACCAAAUGUCAGUUGUCUGUUAAACUUCAGCCACGACCGCCCCUUCUGAUCUCUGUCUUCAUACCGAUUCCUAUUCGUGUAAUAGCUGCUUUAAUCACACAAUUUAUGUUAUUCGCGAAGAUGCUGAAAUGGUGCCGAAAGGCUGUGGGGAAGGGGUCUGUGAUUAUGAAUGAUUUGCUCUACCCUUUCAUUCUGCGUUUUCAGCUUCAAAAUACAUUCCAUAUUAGUAGGGGGAAGGGGGUGGGGGGAACAUUAUAGGGUGUUUACCUGCAAACAGCUCUUCAUUAAUAUUUGUAUUUUUCCUUUAAGAGCUUUCCUCAUUGGUUUGUGGAUUCUAAUCUAGAUUAUCUAAUGCAAUCUCAUUGGACACACAUGCGGCUGCGAAAAUGCUGGUCCAAUGUAGGUAUGUAUGUAGGUAGAGCAAACCUUUUUAAAAAUCUUCUUAAUUCAGGGGCACAAAUCUUCUGUGUAUCGUGAUGAUUUUGCACGGUACGUUUGUGCUGAAGCAAAAAUGUGUUUAGAGCCAUAAAGGAAAAUACUCGGUAUUCAGGAGCCAUCUGUCAAACAGGGAUACAUUUUUGCCAUAAGGACUGGUCUUCUUCAGAAAAACACCAAAGGACAUAGAAAAAGAUUUUCAGUAUGCUCCUCUUUUCAGUUGAUCCAAGUCAUGUUGUAACUAUGACUCCAUUUAAAUAUCUACAAGAGCCGUCUGGGUAGUGUAGCGGUAUAAGCACUCGCCUACCACCACUCAAUCUCCGGCGGCAGUAUUUCCGGCCUGGUCAGACAUUUCUACGAACACAAUUGGCAGUGUUCGCGGGUGGGAAGCCGGUGAGGGUAUGAAUCCUGAUCGUUGCAUUAGCGACUCCUACUGGUUGGUCAGGGCGCCUGUUCAACAGGGAGGGGAUCUGGGGGAGAUAGAGUGAACCUCCGCGCGCGCUACGCUCUCCCAGUGAAACUCCUCGCUGUCAGGUGAAAAGAAGCGGCUGGCGACUCCACAUGUAUCAGAGGAGGCAUGUGGUAGUUUACACCCUCCCCAGACCAACAGAGGAUAGCGAAUUGACCAGGACCGUGACACACACAGGGAAUUGGUAUAACGACUAAAUUGGGGAGAAAAUGGCAACAAAAAGAAAAAUCUACCUACUGCAAUUCAGGUACAUUCCCACGCAUCACAGUUUAAAAACUAGUGCUGUCUCUCAAACAUAUUUUGAUGACAUUACUACAUAAAGUAAGUAUACAUAUACAUACAGGAAUACCUCAGGUCCAAAUAUUCCUAGUGUGGAAGUAAAAACGUGAAAAACGCCAUCAUCUGGCUGUGGCUCGUGCAUUGUGUCUAACUAGGCUUGAGGCUUGAGACAGCUGUGAAAUAUUAUUUCUGUUUUCAUGUAUGUAUGAUAUAGAUAUAUAACAAAAUUGAUUAUAUAAAUGAACUUAUAUUACUGUUUCUGAUUGGAAGAACAAAAUUGGAGCUGCAUUUCCCCGACACCUAUCCCUUGUACGUCUUCAGUCAGUAUUGCUGUCUGUUCGUGAUGAACCAAAUUUAUUUGUAUUAUGCUUUUUUUCUAAGUCAGGCUGGCUCAUCUUUGUCUCCUUGAUCAUGUAGCUGAUGGACACAAUGGUUUUUAAUGUUUCGUUUUAUUUUAAAAUCUUUUUUGUGCUUAAUGUUCUGAGGCACCAUGAUGCCCUUGCUGUGCAACCAAACCUGCCUGUGGUUUUUGUCACAUUAUGUAAGGUCACACACAAACACGUAUGUUUGUUUUGUGUAUUUUUUCAUAUAAAAUAUAUAUAUUGCCCAUUUUAAGUGCACAAUUGUUUUAAAUGGCCGGGGAGAUUCACUGACAUUGCAAAUUCAGCUUGUCAUAUGAAAUUCAGCUGAAUUUUAUGUAAUGGUUGAUUAGAUCACUUCUGCAUGUGUGCUGGUGCCAUAUGAUAUCAAUAAGGAGUUUGGUGUCCCCAACAAAAUCCAAUUGUGCGGUAUGUUAGGCAUAAAUAAUGUCACUUUGCCAUGAUAUAUCCUAACACAUAUGUGUCUGUUUGAUGCAUGAACAUCAUUAUGUCCUAAAUAACAGCAAUAUAUUAACAUGUUAAUGUAAAGUUUUGGUUUACAGGGCUAGUUUUGGUUGAAUGAAAAUUGUGAGAGUGAAUGACGGAGUGUUGUUUUGAGAUUUUUAUUUCUGUUUGGUCCCAUUUUUACUUUAAGCACCAGCUGGAUAUCCCUUAAUCCCUAUUCUGUAAUGAAGAUGCACACAACUUCUUCUCUUUCUGCCUGUCUCUUCAGUGUGGCUGUACCAAGUAUAAACUAAGGAGAAAUAAUUUGCUGAAUUCCAUGUGAAGGAAACAAGAGCUCUGUGUCCAUUAGUGUGUCUGAUGGACGUCAGUGUACUAGGGGUCAUGUCACUUCUUGCCCGCACAUUCACAUGAUUUUGUUGAAACCUUAGUGCUGGCUUUAUUUUGUUUUUUUUGCUGGAAACUGUUUUGCACGUGUUGUGGUCAAGCAACAGCAUCGCUAUAUAUGCCUAAUGUACUUAUUUCCAAAAACGAAUUUUAUGACCCCCUGUACCCUCCACCCUCUACAUUCUGUAUUAUUGUACCUCUGAUGCAUAUAAGCAGCCAUGCUUGCUAGACCUUUGGUGUUCAGAACCUGCCGUUUGUCAUUUGAUUCUCUCAAAGCCGGCUAUAUUCCAUUAUUUUCCUGCUGCUUAGAAAUAUCUCUGAGGAAAAAGGCCAUAUGGUGAUUCACAUUCUUCCCUCGUGCCUUGAAGUGCACUCGCUGGAUGGCAAUGACCAGUCUUUGAAUGUGGAAUAACACCGAUUGGACAGUUUCACUUGUGGCUUCACUAUGAUGAUGUGCCUGUCCACAAAAAACAAAAGUGUGGGGAGGACACAAAUUCUGUUUUUAGAAAUGAAAUAUUUAAAUUGAACAAAUUUUGACCUGUUUGGAUCAGUGAGUAUGCAGUUUUUUUUUUUUUUUUUUACCCUCCAACACCCCCCUCCCAGGAUAGUGACAACUAUUUUUGUCAUAAUUUGUCCCUGAGAGGGAUUAUUUAGAAACUUGAAAAAAUAAUAAAGAGAAGAAUUAACAACACGGCAUAUACGUCUAAAGGAAUAUCAGUCAGAAAUAAUAUACAAAUAUAAAAAUAUAGAGAGUAUAUAAUCACAGUCUGUCAGAUGUCAGUCCAGGGUGUGCACUGCUAUUGCCAGGGAGAAACUGUGAACAUGUUACCCUUUACGUACCUAAACAACGAUCACUGUGACACAUGACAAGGGAUUUCCUUGUUCCAUGCUUCUACCUGAGGGUUUUCAUACAAGUUAGCUGAGCCUUGUGUGUGAGAUAAUGACUUUUAUGUCAAUACGUUCUUUUGAAUAUCUACAAUAUAUAUCAUUUUAAAUAAUUCUUGCAGGACCGAUAAAAUCACACUGCACGUAGCUAAAUCAAAUAUGAGCCAUUUUGUAAUUAUAGCUUUUAUCUUUCGCUUUUUGUUGAUUGGUCACUGUUGGCUGUAAUAUCUGAAAUAAACCUUUGUGUUUGAAAUUGA